GCCCGUUCUCGGUGUGUCCAAAAGAGUUUUAAGUUACACCAGGCCAGUUUACUCGGACUCCGCUGUAGAUUAUACAGCGACAGGCACUAUACGUAGUAAAACUCGGUCGCGUAAGAUAAAAGAGAACGUUACUAGAGUCUCUCACCCCGCCCCUUUUUGGGAGGCUAAGGCUGUCGUUGGUGACGAAAUCACCACUCUUUCGCUUAAUGAUUAUGAAAAUAAAUUUUUGGUGAUGGUGUUCUACCCUUUUGAUUUUACCUUUGUAUGUCCUACCGAGUUGCUUGCUUUCUCGGAUCGACUCGAGGAAUUUCAAGCAAUUAAUACUGAAGUUGUUGGAAUUUCGUGUGAUUCUGAACAUUCACAUUUCGCUUGGAGUAAACUUCCUCGAAAACUUGGUGGAAUUGAAAACAUCAGAAUUCCGUUGGUUGCCGACUAUUCAAAAAAAAUCACCGAAGAGUACAAUGUCUUGUUUGAGGAGAAAGGGAUACCUCUUAGGGCGACCGUUAUCAUUGACGACAAGGGUAUUGUUCGCGUGAUUAAUAUCAAUGACACGGAAAUUGGUCGUUCCGUUGAUGAAGUCUUGCGUCUUGUAAAAGCCAUUCAGUUCGCGAAUAAGCAUGGUGAAGUCUGUCCAGUGAACUGGAAAGAGGGAGAUGCAACAAUUGUACCCGAUCAAAAGAAGUCCAAGGAAUACUUUUCCUCGAUGAAUUAG